AAGGAAAGAUUACCCUAUAGGACGGGGAAACCAGACGCGGCAGCGGAUGGGGGAUAGGGUUUCUCCUUGGGGGCGUGGCUUGUGGAUCCUAGCUUUCCCGCCGACGGUUGGCCAUGUCACGUGACAUGGGUUGGAAGAUGGCGUCUCCCACAGACGGGACAGAUCUGGAAGCAUCUUUGCUAAGUUUUGAAAAGCUUGACCGUGCUUCACCAGACCUUUGGCCAGAACAAUUACCAGGUGUUGCUGAAUUUGCAGCUUCUUUCAAAAGCCCUAUUACUAGUUCUCCACCCAAAUGGAUGGCUGAAAUAGAACGUGAUGACAUCGACAUGUUGAAAGAACUGGGGAGCCUCACCACAGCUAAUUUGAUGGAGAAAGUACGAGGCCUUCAGAACCUGGCCUAUCAGUUGGGGCUGGAUGAGUUUAGUUUGUUUGAAUCAGGAUUUAAACAAGAUUAUUCAUCUACUCUAGGGGUUGACAUUUACUUGACACCCUAAUCUGGUGUUUCGAUGUCUCAAUCCUCUUUCCUGCAUUAAUUGAGAGGAUGACAUGGAUGAAAAAUAAGCAAUAGGAACUGAUGAAUCCCCAAGGACCAGUGAUCCUGUUUUCAUGCAAAUAUCUGCUCUGAUAAAGAUGAUGGGAAGAAAAAAAAUGCAAAAAAUAUUUGUCCUCACAAACAUGAUUGUUUGCCACUUCCCUAGAGCAUUGUUAAAUGUUAGUAUAGAAAUAAUGUGAACCUUCUAGGGUUGAUAGAAACUAGAUUGUGUCUGUUGGAACCCGAACCCUGCCCUUUGAUUUGGUAUGUGAUUAUGUCUCAGAUAACCCUUUUGGUGUGCAGAUUUUGGAAUGCAGUGAUGUUUUGUAUAGGUAUUUAUAGCAUUUCAUGGUUGGGGCCCUUUUGCUUGAUUUGGGCAGUUAAUUUAUAUGAAAUUCCCAUGAAACAUACAGAAAUAUAAAAAACUACUUAACCAUAUAAAGUCCAUUUCUGUUACUUCCACUUGAGUUCAGUGUCCUUCCUGUUUUACUGGAGCUAUUGUAGUCACAUUCUAACUGGUCUCCCUGCCUCUCAACUACUUCAUAUUAGUCCAUCUUGUUUACCACUUACCAGGCUAAUUUUUCUUAAGUACCAUUUGCUUCUGUUUGUCCUUUGCCCUUAAGUCAGUAGUAAUACUUCAUUAUUUAUACGCUAAAAUUUAGAUUCCUUAGUAUGGUAUUCAGAAUCCUCUGCACUUGGCCCUAGUGUAAUGUCUAGCCUUUUUACUUCUCCCCUACCCAAACAUCAUGCAUUGUCCCCAUUUGAAAUAUACUUCCAGAACACUUCCCCAUCUUCUUAAAUUCUAUUCAUGCUAUUCCUUUUUCUCAGAAACCCCUCCCUGACCUAUUAGAACUUUUAUUUGCCCAUCAUUAUUUAGUCAGAAUCUACCUCUUUAAUCAAUGUUUCCUUUUUAUACCUGAUCUGAAAAGUGAACUCUCUGUCCUGGUCGCCUACAUUGCUCCUAGAGCAAUUUGAUUGUUUCAUUUGUAUGGUACUUUUACCAUUCUGGGAGAUUUGGGGUAUAUGUUUUCUCUCUUGCAUUGAUUGUUAACUCUUUAAGAGAAGAAUCAUAUUUUUGAGCUGUUUUUGUAGCCCACAUUUACCUGGCAUAUGGUAAAUGUGCAGUGUGUAUUUGCUGAUUGAAUGAGUGAUCAGCUGCUGAUGCCUUUAGAUGAAAUGACAGAUUAUUUUAAAUGAAAUCCGUGGACUUAAAACUGAAAAGGUAGAAGCUUCUGGAAAUUGUUCUUUUUCUGGGUAGUUUGUAUUUUAGUGAUGAGAAGUAACAUUUGAAGGUCUCAUAAUGUCUGGAAUUUUUCUCUUACAACAGUGGAUGAUCAACCACACAUAGUAAAGAUAAUGUGAAGAUUAUUGAUAAUAGUUUGGUUUUAUCAUUUACCUACCCUAUUCCAUCGCUAUUAUGAUCUGAGCAUGAUCUUGAUUUAGUCUUGUAAUUUGCAACAAUUCAUAGCUUGCUUUAUUCCUAAGACCCAUUGAACUAUUAUAAAUCCUACUGAGUACUGAUUCUCAACAAUAUUUAUGCUUUAAAAAAAAAUUCUCCCCCUGUCUCUGGAAACUACAAACCUUUUAGUGGUCAUUCAGAUGCCUACUUACUGGCUAUAUUCAAAAUAUUUUUAAGUAGAAUGGAGAUUGGGAAAGCAGCAGGUCAUGCCGUUUGAAACCAAGGGUAAAGACUGGGGUUCUGAUGCAUUUCUUCUUUUUCCUUUUUUAUAACAGCUAUAUUGAGAUGUGAUUCAUGUACCCUAUAAUUCACUUAUUUAUAGGAUGCAAUUCAGUGAUUUCUAGUAUAUUUGGAGUUGUGCAACCAUCACAAUCAAUCUUAGAACAUUUUCAUUACCCUAAAAGAAACUCUGUACCCAUUACCAGUCACUCUGCAUGUCUCCCCAAACUUCACAGGCUAGGCCACCGCUAAUAUGCUUUCUGUCUCUGAAUUUCUAGUCUGGGCAUUUCAUUAUAAACAGAAUCAUAUAAUAUGUGGUCUUUUGUGACUGGUUUCUUUCUUAUUUUCAGUGUUCAGUUAUUUUGUAGGAUGUAUCAAUACUUCAUUUUUUUUAUGGUCUAAUAAUACAUUUAUCCAUCAGUUAUCCACAUGAUAUUUAACCACUCGUUGAUGGACAAUUGGGAUUUCCUUUAUUUGGCUAGUAUGAAUGAUACUACUCUAAACAUUCAUGUACAGUUUCUGUGUGGACAUAUGUGUUCAUUCUCUUGAGUUUAUAACUAGUAGUGUAAUUUCUAGGUCAUGUGGAAACUCUACAAUUAACCUUUUGAGGAAUUGUCAGACUAUUUUCCAUACUGGCUGCACCAUUUUACAUUCCCACCAGCAGUGUAUGAGGAGUCCAGUUUCUCUACAUCCUUUCUAAUUAUUUGUUUUUACAUAUACUAACAUUGGAAUGAUACAGUGAAGAUUAGCAUGGUCCCUGCACAAGGAUGACAUGCAAAUUUGUGAAGAUUCCAUUAAGUUAACUAAAGAAUAAACUCAAAUAUAAAAGCUCAAAAAAAAUUAUCACACAUAUACCUGGAACUAACACAGCAUUGUAAAUACUUCAAUUUUUUUAAAUGUACAGUAAAUAAAUAAAGAAAUAAUUAUAUAAUCCAUUCUAGUAGAUAUGAAGUGGAACGGGUAUGUGGUUUGGAUUUGCAUUUGCCUGAUAACUAAUGACAUGAAACAUGUUUUCAUGUGCUUAUUGGCUAGUUGUAUAUCUUUUUUAGGGAAC